AUGGACCUGUUCCGGGUCAGGCUGAAUUGCAUCGAUCACUACCAGGCCUCACCAACGCGUUAUGACCCCCAGUUGCGCAAUGACGUACGCCCUUCGCAAGCAUCCAAGGGUCCCAAGGUGCCCGUGGUGCGGAUCUUUGGUUCUACGGAAACUGGCCAAAAGGUCUGCGCGCACGUCCACGGCGCGUUUCCCUACCUUUACGUGGAGUACCGAGGCGGAUUGGCUUCAGAAGAAGUCGGUGCCUUCAUCUACCGUCUUCAUCUCUCCAUUGACCAUGCCCUUGCCGUGAGCUACCGGCGGGAUCAGUAUGGAGGCAAUGCCAAGUUCGUGGCCCGCAUCACGCUGGUCAAGGGCAUUCCCUUUUACGGGUUCCACGUGGGCUACCGGUUCUUUCUCAAAGUCUACAUGUUCAAUCCCGUUGUCAUGACGCGGCUGGCCGAUCUUCUUCAACAGGGAGUCAUCAUGAAGCAACAGUUUCAGCCCUUUGAGGCGCACUUGCAGUAUCUUCUCCAGUUCAUGGUCGACUACAACUUGUACGGCUGCGACUAUCUCGAGGCGUCCAAGACCACGUUUCGAUCUCCCAUUCCUCAGCAAGAGCAGGGGUCAAACUCGUCGCACCUAUGGCACAGCUUGUCAAUCCCACCAGAAAGUGUCACCGACGAUCCCUCGCUGCCUCGUGUGAGCCACUGCUCAAUCGAGGUGGACGUCUGCGUCCAGAACAUCACCAACAGGAAGAUUGUGAGGGAACGCCAGCUGCAUCAUGACUUCGUGGAGCGUCUUUCUCCUAUUCCUGGAGAUAUGAAGUUGGUGCACAGCAUGGGCAAGAGUCCCUUCCCUCCGGACGUGCUCGUCACAAUGUCCGCGGACCCCCGAGAUUCCCAGCCUCAAGGAUGGAUUCACGAAGAAGAAUACCGCAACGACAUUCGCGACCUGGUUGACAGAGAACAAGCAGAUCUCAACGGCGAAGAGGUUGGAUUCGAUACCUUUGCCGGAUCAACCGAGCUUGAGAGGGCAGUGAAUACCGUCCUGCAAUCUGUGGAGGACUUGUACCCUUCCAAGCUGAUGCCGGCACUCGGUCUACCUUCGCAUCCAAGCCAAUCGUCCCAUGGCGUAUCAUCCAGCAUCGAGGUGGACGAGACAAAAGCUCGCCAAGUCCAGCUGGCCAAUGAUGAAUUCUUUCCGGACGACUCCGACCAGGACGCCCUUGGCGAGUUGAUUGACGGUGAAGAGUUUGAUGAAACAUGGGAGCGCAGAGCAGACACGGCUGGCCAACUCGGCUCAAUAAAAGCUGGGAAAAGGGCUUUAAUGGGCGCGCAUGAGCCCCAAUCCUACCUGCAAAUACCGGGAAUCUGUCUGAGCAUGCUCAAGACAAAACGACUGCCGACGAUGCCGGUGUCUGCAGCGCUGCUAGAAGCGGCCGAAGAUGAGGGUCUGGAGGUCAAGCGCUUCUACUCCCAGUUCCUCUUGGAAACGGCCUAG